AUGUUUUCGACGUGUCUGGAGGGCAAUGCUCGUGAAGCAUUCAUCAUCAUAUUCACGGGUAUGGGUGGCUACGCGGUUUUGUCCAAUAUGAUUGGACUACGUAUGAGGACAGUGAUAAGAACCCGCGGUGGAAGAAAGGCCGUUACGACAGAAAGAAAGAGGAGAAGUACGACCGGGAUGCACGAGAUAGCUCGGUACUGUCCAACAGGUCGUUUGGUGGAAGGGACCGUGAUCGCAGCAGUGAUAGGGGUAGCGAUGACAGAUCCAGAUCCAGAGGUAGGAGUGACGAGCGUGAUGGUAACGACGAUAGGCGAAGAUAGCAAUCUCCGGUUAGAGGUGGCUCGUUGCCUCAAGGUUACAAGUGCUACACGUGUGGGGGUACCGACCACUGGAGUGAUGGAGAAGGAAGGGUUGAAGCAGGUGAAGAUACCCCGCGAGGGUUUGAAAGCUUAUGACGGGUCGUUGAAAUUAUCUCCAAUGUACGGAGUCAAGACCUGUAUAUCUAUAGAGUUAUUUAACACAGAUACAGACCAACUAUGCUCUUUUCAGACAGAUGAAAUUUUGUAUUACGUCUUAGAGGUGGUGCCGAUGGGUAAAGAGGCGACACUGGGCUUCAUAACACAAAGGGAUAAUCAUUUUUUUUUGGGAUAA